GCUUACCAAAAGUGACUUCUCUGUAUUCGGUAGCAGGUACGUGUAUAAGUGAGUAUAUUUAAAGGUAAUGACAGGAAACAACACACAAUAAUAUAAGCCACCGUCAUUAUCCAUUGAAUCAACCGUGUUGACAAAUCUAUGUGGGUAUAUCGGGAAUCUGGAGCGCCUUGCUAGUCGAAACCCGUCCUCGGAUAAUAAUUGGCAUCGCCAUGGACGCCAAAGCGAUGAGAGAACUGACUGAAAAGCUAUCAGAUGAACAGAUAACAGAAUUCAAGGAGGCUUUCAGCUUGUUCGACAAAGAUGGCGAUGGUACCAUAACAACGGAAGAACUGGGGACAGUGAUGAGGUCCUUGGGACAGUCCCCAAACGAACAAACUAUCCAAGACAUGGUUAAUGAGGCGGACAUAGAUGGUAACGGAAUUAUAGAUUUUAAUGAAUUCCUUGUGAUGAUGGCUAAAAAGAUAAAGGACACGGAUUCUACAGAAGAUAUAAAAGAAGCUUUCAAAGUAUUCGACAAGGACGGAAACGGACAAAUCAGUUCUGAAGAAUUACGUCGCGUGAUGACAAAUCUCGGCGAGAAAUUGUCAGAUGAGGAGGUGGACGAGAUGAUACAAGAAGCUGACAUAGACGGGGACGGACAAAUUAACUACGAAGAAUUCUCAAUGAUGUUGACCACGCUCGGCCAGGGGACGACGUAAACGAAAUCACACUGGAAAGACUUUCACCCAAUCGGGAACUACGCUAUGGGAACUUUUAACAAAUGACUGACAAAGCGGAAGUUGACUAAAAGGUCAAAUGUCAUUGCCGGUUUAAAGGUCAAUUAUUCUUGAUACACCAUUACCGUGACCAGGAAAUAAUCGUGAAGGGUUUUGAUGAAAUGCAAGGGAGCCUUUUGCAUCUGGUUACAGCUAUUGUUAUUUUGUCAUUUACUGUAUGAAUUAGUGAUACUCAAAGUAAUGUAUGUCUUUUUUGGUGCUCGCCCUAAAUGACAUCCUGAUUACAAACUGUAAAAAAUAACGUUUCGCCUAUAAUUAUUUUCGCUAUUGUUCCUCCAAGGAUAUUUUCGCGAGGAUUUCAGUGGGAAAGAAUUACAGCAGAUUUAUCCAUUAUUUACUUGUGUGUUUAAUACAUUUUCGUAAGACAUUUGAAUUCGCGACAAACCUCUCAUGCGAAAUGUAUGUCUCAUGAAACAUAAAAAACGGUGUAGAAAUUUAGCUUCCAUGAUUAAAGUGAUGAAAAAAUGA